AUGAAGUUCCUAUGUAUCCACGGCGCAUGCUGCAAUCCGGAUACAAUGAAAUGGUCCAUAAAUCGACUCCUGAGACAGCUCUCGGACGAUGAGAACAUCACCUUCCACUUCGCCAAAGGAUACCUCGACUCCCCGCCCCCACCCUGGCUCGCAGAACAGCUCGAAGGCCCCCCGCACCUCCGAUUCUUCCAAUGGGACUCCGCCUUCCUCGACAUCGGCUACGACCGCCACGUGGAAAAACACGGCGUCCCCGAUCUGAAAAACAUCCGAGACACCGACGUGGAGGAAGCGAAGCGCGACCUCGCGCCCAUCUACGAAGACCUGGACAUCGCCCCCGAGCCCUGGAGCGUCAGCGUCGCCCUCGAAUACCUGCACAACAUCAUCGAAGACGAGGGGCCCUUCCACGGCGUCAUCGGCGUGUCCGAAGGCGCCGCCGUCGCCGCGACCCUGCUCGUCGAGGACCUCCAGUCCCGCGCCGCCGGCGGGACGAGGAGCGAUCUCCGCUGCGGCCUCUUCUACAUCGGCGCGCCCGCCAUGUCCGCGGACGGCACACGCGCCGUCCUGUACGAAGAGGACGGCCAGGUCGUCAACGUGCCCACGUGCCACGUCAUGGGUGUGAAGGACAUGUUCCGGGUCUUCGCGGAGCCGUUGCUCAAGAUCUGCGACCCGGACAAGGCCCUCGUCAUCAAUGACCCCGGCGGCCAUCGCAUCCCGCAGGACGUGGAGACCAAUGACUUGAUCGCGGAGUGGAUCAGGCAGCAGCAGCGGGAGUUUGUAAAGGAGCAGCGAGACGGAGCCGCUGCCCUUGGUUCCGCAUAG